AGUAGCGGGCUGCACACCAUUUAUUUAAGCUGUAAAAGAAGAGUCGCGUUGCGCAACUUAUAUUGCGUUUGCUAACUGCUAGCAAAACAAAAAAAAGCUACUAUUGUAAAACUGUAAAUAUUGUUUUUGUGUCCAAGAUGAGUCCUGCCUGCGACUGCUGCGUGGAACACGUAAGCACACUGAAACGGCAGGUGUCUGUGAUGCGGAAGGAAAUCAAGAAUCUUCGGCAGAUGCUGGACACUGCAACCAGAACUCAUCGCAAACACAUCCUUUCUAUUCAGUCCGCUUUGUCAAAAACAAGCGUCCAGGGGCUUGAGAAAGACCUGCCGCCGCCUCCGACGGCUUCACCUCAGGAAGCGUUAGAACACGGAAACAUUCAGACCAUCCCUAUUGGCUACAUAAGUUCCUGUUUCUCUAUGAAGAACGGGACACCCAGACAGCCCACCGUCUGCGGACCCUCAAGGGCGGAGCUACGACUGAAGCAGAGUGUCUUCAAUAACCCGGAGCAUGCACUUGUAGGACUGGAGCAAUAUUCUCACGUCUGGGUUAUCUUCCUCUUUCACAAGAAUGGGCACAUGAGUUACAAAGCCAAAGUGAAGCCCCCCAGGCUGGAUGGUCAGAGGGUCGGCGUGUACUCCACCCGCAGCCCGCACCGCCCCAACGCUUUGGGGCUUACCCUCGCAAAGUUGGAUAAAAUUAUAGGUGAUACAAUACAUCUGUCAGACAUUGACAUGAUCGCAGGUACCCCGGUCCUGGAUAUUAAACCCUACAUCCCAGAGUAUGACUCCCCCAGCACAAGGAUGAGAGAUGACUGUGAGCCUUGUCAACAACUGGACUCCGCCCGUUUGUCAGCUAACCAUCCAACAGAAGCUCAGUUAAAUGUAAAAAAGAUUGCGGUCAAGUCUGUAGCGGACACUCCAAACAAAGAUGGGUGUCAGUUCCCUAAUUCUUUGCAAGGAGAUGCUCUCGCUAUGCUGGAGGAAGUGAAGGCAUACCUGAGCCAAAGCGACUUCCGGCAGGCAAGUAGCGCCGGCAAGCGCAGGGAUUCAGACCCAUCGGGAGUCGAGCAGGACCAGCCGCCCUGUUACAGAGAAGAGGCCUACAGCACCAUCGCCGGCUGGAUCCGAGAGCCGCCUGUUGCCAGUCUGGAGGUCCGCUUCACCCCUCAUGCUGAGAGGGAUCUAGCACAAUUCCUUCCCACAGAACAGUCAGGGCCGCCUGUAAGUGACCGUCCAAGGUUCAAGUUCCUGCGCAAUUCAGAGGAGGCGGCUGUAGCCAUCAGAGGCGUGCUGUCCGCCGACCCCCGGUCAGUCUACAGGAGGACCCGAUGCAAAGACAAGCUCUUUUUCUUCACACUAGAUUCAGCUGACAUAACCUGCUGGUUUGGACAAGGCUUUGCUGAGGUGCUGCAGGUGCGACCCGUUCAGUAUUUAAUGGAAGCCACAUAAAAACGGGAUACAUUGCCUUUAUUUUUAAUAGAAAGUACUGCAUAUGGCCACGGUCUCGUCUUAUAUUGUUCAGAAUCAGAUUCACAGGCCAAGUAUGUUUGACACACAAGAAUCGAGUAAUUAUAAACAAUAAAUGAUGACAGAAGUCAUGAAAA